GGUCACAUGACGAGGCAGGGCUGCUCCAGCUGCUGUUGUCGUGCUGUCAAAAAGAGGAUAAACAGUGCGCAACACGCGUAAUUUCCCGUUAUUCACUCAUGGCGAGAACACCAGCAUGGAGAGGUUCACUCUCUCGUGGACGUGAGGAGUGAAGCCAGAUCCAGUCUCCUUGCAGUUUUCCUUCCAAAGGCUUAUAACCAUGGCAUCUGGCUACCCACCUCCUUUUGAAGUUGUGGGUGAAGUGAAAGAGGGGUUCCUUUGUCCCCUGUGCUUAAAGGACUUGCAAUCCUUUUACCAACUCCAAGACCACUAUGAGGAGGAGCACUCUGGAGAAGACAGGCACGUAAGAGGACAGCUAAAAAGUUUGGUCCAGAGGGCUAAAAAGGCCACAGACAAACUGUUAAAGAGAGAUGGAGACGACCGACCAGAGACUGGCAGCUAUGAAUCUUUCUACUAUGGUGGAGUGGAUCCGUACAUGUGGGAGCCACAGGAGCUGGGAGCGACCAGGAGUCACUUGGACUUCUUCAAGAAGCACAGGGCGGCCCGGAUUGAUCAUUACGUCAUUGAAGUCAACAAGAUGAUCAUCCGGUUGGAAAAGUUGACAUCCUUCGACAGGGUGAGCGCUGAUGCAGCGAAAAUCAGAGCUAUCGAGAAGUCGGUGGUGCCAUGGGUCAACGACUCUGACGUCCCCUUUUGUCCGGACUGUGGAAACAAAUUCAACAUGCGGAACCGGCGCCAUCACUGCCGGCUCUGUGGCUCUAUAAUGUGCAAGAAGUGCAUGGAGUUUGUGCCACUGCCACUGGCCCGUACGUGGAAAGAUCCGAGGAGCUCAUCUAGAAAUGGUCACAGCUUCAAUAUUCCUCUAUUUCCGAUUGCAGAAAAGCUUAUAAGCGGAACCAGAGAGGCCUUGUGUGUACCUGGAAGCCCUCAGUCCCAGAGUGUAUCAGCCGGGGGCAACAGCGGGAUGGGGUCCAGGCGGGGCAGCCUCAGCAGCUUGAGCAGCGUCACGUCCAUGCUGGAGGAGAAAGACGAUGAGAAGAUCCGAUGUUGUCACCACUGUAUGGACACGAUGCUGAAGAGGCAGCAGAAGUUGGAUGAAAAAGAGUUUGUGCCUGAUGUUGUGAAACUGUACGAGAGGCUGAGGAUGUGUAUGGAGAAAGUGGACGAGAAGGCUCCAGAAUACAUCAAAAUGGCCGAAUCGCUCAAUGCCGGAGAGACCACCUACAAUCUGGACACUGCAGCUGGACUGAGACUGGAAGUCCAGAAGUACUAUGAACUCAUCGACGCUCUGAGUAAGAGGAUUCUGACAUUGGGAAUGAAAGACGACCCGCAGCCACAUCCGAAGACGCUCCAGCUGCAGAGGAUGAUCCGCUACAAUGCCACAAUGUUUGUCCAGGAGAAGCUGCUGGGUCUGAUGUCUCUGCCUACCAAGGACAAGUUUGAAGAGCUGAAGGAGAAGAGAAAGGAGGAGCAGGAGAGGAAGCUGCAGCAGGAGAAACUGGCGGUUCAGGAGGCCCUCAAGAAGAGACAGGAGUCUGAGAAGUCCCGUCCACUCAACACCAACGGAGAGCUGCCGCAGGCUCCCAGAGCGCCACGGAUGACCAAAGCGGGAGGCUGGCUGCCGUCCUCCGACUCAGCCCACUCGAGGACUGAGUUUGAGGACCCUCUCCUGCAGCAGAUCGAGAACAUCCAGUCGUUCCUUCGCCAGGCACGAGAGGCUAAGAGGGCGGACGAGGUGGCUAUGCUGGAGGAGAACUUGCGGCAGCUGCAAGAUGAGUAUGACCAGCAACAGACCACGCUUGCCAUUGCAUUGUCUCAGAAGCUGGCGCAGGAAGAGAGACUGCAGCAAGGGGAGCUAGAGCGCCUACAGGCCUGGGAGAGAGGGGACAUGAAGCACAAAAGCCAGAGUGCUUCUACUCAGCCUUCUUGGGAGAGAACUCUGGACAUCAGUGGGUUUCAUCGAGAAGGAGAUGGGGAGGAGGAAGAGUUAACACCAAAAGCUGAAGAAAGACCCUCAUUUCCUGCCCUGGCAGAUCAGGAGGAGUCGCCUCCAAGACUGAGAAGCUUAGGGGGGCAUGUUACACCACCAGGGGGUGAAGGAGAGAACAGCACCUCCGUGAAUACGCUUGAUGAAGACGCAACGCCAAUCGCGGAAGAUCCGUCCAACCCAUUUUCUGAGGACAUCAAGAAGGAGCUCAAAGAAGAAACCAAUGGGAAGAAAGAAUACAAUCCUUUUGAUGAUGAAGAGGAUGAGGAGGAGACUGUACCCGGCAAUCCCUUUGAGAUGGACGAUGACAGUGGCAACCCUUUCUUGGAGGCGUCUGGGGAUUCUCCAGUGGUCUCCACUAACCCCUUCGACGGAGACGAGGAUGACGGGGUGAUGCCCGAUCUGGACGUGAUCGAGGAGGAGCUUCUGCUGCAGCAGAUCGACAACAUCCGAGCGUACAUUUUCGACGCCAAGCUCAGCGGCCGUCUGGAUGAGGUGGAGCUCCUGUCAGAGAACCUGAGAGAACUGCAGCGCACCCUUCAGGAACAGAAGAAGAAGUGAUGGGGUCUCACUGAUGACGUGAUAAAAAGAUGCCACUAAAUCGGUUUUAAUGUGACAACCUUGUGGAGCUCGUCGUCCAGAUAUUUUAGCAGAAUUUGUUCCUUUAUUUCAGGCUACAGCCACACUACCAUCAUUUUGAGUAUUUGUUGUUGCACCUGUGUCACUACAUAAUGCUCUAGCACUAUAAAUAGACUUGAUUUGAAGCUUCGAGGCAUCACUGCUAACAAUCCUAUGACUAACUUGAAAAAGCUGUAAUAGAUGAUUUAAUAAAUUGGGUUUGGGAGGAUAUUGCAGCCAAGAGUGUUCGUGAGGCCGUUAAAACUACUAUGGGUUUCGUAACACAAGUUUGUACAGUGUUUGUACAGCGCUUCGCAUCACUUCACACGCUAACUUUAGUCCAUGUUCACUUAGUUUGGCAUCCCACUUCACUGUGAGAUCAUUUCAUAUUUGACUGUAACACAAAUAUUCCUUUUCACUACUGACUCAAGACACUGCUUCAGAUGUCACAACCCCAACAACCUUCCAGCAAGGAGAUCUGAAUGUGAAGCAUGUUCUUAUACAUCGUAAAUACUAUUUUUUAAAGACACUGUGGAGGAAGAGCCGUCAGAUCAACAACUUUAUGAGGUCAGAAGAGCAUUUACAGAUGCCGUCAAGUAUUAUGUCUUUGUGGUUGCCCGUGUUUCACAGAGUAAACUGGAUGAGUGUUUUUGUGUUCAGAUGAUUGGAGAGUUGGUAAACGUUUCAACAUACCGAAUUGAAAACACAACACGAAAUGAUCACUUCAGGAAAUCUGAACACGAAUAAAUGAUAAAUAUUGUUGCCCAAUCUUG